AUGAACUUCUCCCUCUAUGCUCUACUCUGCCUGGCCGCUGCAAUGGCCAUUGUCCAAGCGUACCAUCCACGAGACCCUAAGCCACUACCCCCCACCGACGUCGCCUGUGGGCUGUUACCAGAAAAGCUAAUCACCAGAGAAGACUGCCAAAAGGCCUUGCGCCAGUUCACACAGGAACAGGGCGCCAUUACCUGGGAACGGGACGACCAUUACCGAUCUUGCGGAACCUGCACGCUUUCCAUCAGUCAACCCAGUAUAAACAAACCCACCGAGACCCAUCACGUCGCCAACUACGAAUAUGCGUUUGUUGCGAUGGACCAAAGCAUCGAGCGGUGCCACGGCGCAUCGAGCAACGCGACCACCGGGCGCGUUACGGUGUCAUUGUCCGCUGGUAACGGGCAAGUAUGCAAGGACAACUAG